AUGCGCGUCUCCUAAACGGCUCCGGGUAAAAUCGUUCCGUUAGCGCAGUGUCAACAAUAACAGUAAAAGUGGCGGUUUACUCACUUUUUAGCGAGUUAACUCUUUAAAAUACACUCAAAAGCUGCAAAUGAUUGAACUAGAGGGAUAAAUAAAGUCGCUGGUUUCGGUGAUAUUUCGGCGGAUGGAUACGAGAAGCACAAAGAAAAUGAGGCCCAGGGAGCUCCCGCCUCUUCCGCAGCGAGGCCAGCGAUCUCUUCCCACAAUGCCGAGUCAAGACACGACUGGAGAAGUUCCAGCACUAAAACACAAGAAGAAGAGAGUUAGGAAGGAGGCAAAUGGAGUCGAUGACAUGGACGAUCAGGGGAUGGAGAUGGGAGGCGUCGGCAGUCGGAGGGCGUCCGAGAUCGGAGAGAAUCUUUCCCUGGAAGCCACGACGGACGCACCGCCGCAGAGGAGGAAGAAGAAGAAGAAAACCGCCACGACAGAUCUUGAAGACGACCAAGCCGAGCUGGUGAACGGAGAUACGGCAGCAGAUCAGACCACUGAUGGAGAGGAAGUGGUGAAAAAACCCCGAAAGAAAAAGAAGUCCAAAGUCGUGGAGUCGCAGCUUCCAGAUGAGCUGGAUGUGGAAGAAGACGAUAUCAUCACCGACACUCCUCCUCCGAUCCCCCAGCAUUCCCUGUUUUCAGCCCCGCAGGGCCAAAGCCAGCCGGUCGGGAAGGUUUUUGUGGAGAGAAACAAGCGGUUCCAGGCUGCAGAACGCUCAGACUGGAGGAAAACCAGCGACCAGAUGACAGACAACAUGACUGAAUUCCAGCACAUGCAGCCGCUGUGGACGACCAGAGACGUCUCUGUCAGGGUGCACGAAGGCUUCAGGGUGUUCGGUCUGUACUGUCACGGCUUCCUGGCGGGCUACGCCGUGUGGAACGUGGUUGUGGUCUACAUGCUGGCCGGGCAGCACCUCACCGCUCUGUCCAACCUGCUGCAGCAGUACAGCGGCCUGGCAUACCCGUCACAGUCGCUGCUCUACAUGCUGCUGGCCAUCAGCACCGUGGCCGCCUUCGACAGAGUGAAUCUGGCCAAAGGUUCGGUGGCUCUAAGGGAGUUCAUCACUCUGGACCCGGUGGCUCUCGCUUCCUUCUUGUAUUUCUCGGCGCUGAUUCUGUGUCUGAGCCAGCAGAUGACCAGCGACAGAAUCAACCUCUACACGUCCUCCAACGCCACGUUAUGGCCUCCGGGGUCGGAGCACCAGAUCCUGCACCCGUGGGUGACCGUCAACCUGGUGGUGGCGCUGCUGGUCGGCCUGGCCUGGGUUUUCAUCGCCACCAGACCAGAGACCGACUACACCGAGUGUUACCUCCUGGCCAUGGAGAUCGAGCCUCCGAAGCCGGAGGACAAAUCCGAAAUGACCGCCUGAAAAAAAAAUCAGUGGAACUCACUUCACCGCUUUGUUGUCACUUUGCACAUAUUUUUUGAAUUUUAUUUUGUCUGUGGAUGUCUUAGAGGUUAUUUUUAUAUUUCUGAAAUGUGCUCGUCUCUUUUAAAUACACGGUUUUAACAACAA